AUGACGAUCACUUCUAGUUGUGGAACCCAUGUUUAUGGAACCCAUAUACCCAUGAGUUCAAAUAUCUACCAAGACCUGGAUUUUCCAGUGAGGAAGAGUUGCGUUCUAUGCAGAGGACAUGGGUUUGGUUAUGAUGCAAAGAGUGAUGAUUACAAGUGUAUACGUAUUUUCAUUUAUUCAGCCGACAUCCAAUCUCAAGUUCACAUCUAUUCAUUCAGAUCAAAUACAUGGAAAUUAAUGCAUAUUCCAUAUAAAUUGAUCACUGAGGCAGACAACUAUGUCCGAGCGCCAAAUGGAGUCUUUUGUAAUGGAGCUCUACAUUGGUUCGCAAGGACAUACGGUUCCUCCAAAGACUUAUUAUUAGCUUUUAAUAUCGGAGACGAGGGAAUCAGAGAAAUUCCACAGCCAGAAAACUUGGGUGUCGAAAAUUUUGGACCCCGUAAACAUGUUGAUGUGUUGGAUAGGUGUAUUUGCAUUCUUUAUAGUAAUUCUACUAUGUUCGAAGUAUGGUUAAUGAAGGAUAUGGGAUGA